AUGGAUCACCACCAUCACCACCACCACCACCAUCAUCACAUGAUCCCGGGCCAAGAACCGUCGGCAGCUGACGGCGCCACCCAUCAAGACAACUUCUUCCUCGGCCCUGCCGGUGUCGGCAUCUUCGGUGGCGCCAUCGGCGCGUCCGGGGCCGGCUCGUCCUCGUCGGCCGCCGCAACGGGGGGAGCCUCCGGGACCUCGGGAGGCGGCGUCGGCGGCGGAGGAGGGCCAUCGCCUUCCGGGUCGUCGCCGUCGCUGAGCCGGUACGAGUCGCAGAAGCGGCGGGACUGGAACACGUUCGGGCAGUACCUGCGGAACCACCGGCCGCCGCUGUCGCUGUCGCGGUGCAGCGGCGCUCACGUGCUGGAGUUCCUCAAGUACAUGGACCAGUUCGGCAAGACCAAGGUGCACACGCCGGUGUGCCCCUUUUACGGCCACCCCAACCCGCCGGCGCCGUGCCCGUGCCCGCUGCGCCAGGCAUGGGGCUCCCUCGACGCGCUCAUCGGCCGCCUCCGCGCCGCCUACGAGGAGAACGGUGGCACGCCCGAGAUGAACCCCUUCGGCGCGCGCGCCGUCCGCCUCUACCUGCGUGAGGUGCGCGAGACGCAGGCGCGGGCAAGGGGGAUCAGCUACGAGAAGAAGAAGCGCAAGAAGCCGUCGUCCUCGUCGUCGGCCGCGGCCGGGGGACCGUCGUCAGAGGGGAGCCCACCUCCCGGCCCGUCCGGCAGCGGUGGAGGCGACACGUCGGCGUCGCCACACUUCAUCAUGCCGUGA